AAGGAGCAACGCAGGAAUGCAGAGGUGACUCAAGGGCUCAGCAAAGCUAUCUUAGAAAUGCUGCAUAUCAAGAAAGUGUCAGCGAGUCAUCAGACCAAACCUCAUCCUUACAUGAAUAGGAUCUAUCAACAUCUGGAGUCACUGGAAGCUCAAGACUUUGGAAGAUCAGAUGGAAUUCUAGUGCAGAGUUUUCGAAGUGUUGAUGGGCCCCAUCAUGCUCCACAAGGAUGGAUCUGGUUCAACAUCAGCAGCCUGAACCUCUCCAUGCUGGGUGCAGAGUUGGUCCUUUACAGGAAGACCCUCCAUUCAUGCCCUCUCAGUGUAACUGUGACCCUGUACAGCAUCAUUACAUCACAGCACAAUCUGAAUGAAAUUCCUGCUUUGGAGGAGAGGCAGCUGAUGCUGGACCAGCGGCCCUCUUCUGGGUACGAUGUUUUCAAUGUGUCUGCUGUUUUGGCUAUGCAGCAUCUGGAAGUGGUGGGCUUCCAGCUGAGGUAUACAGAUGAGAGUGGGAGUUUGGUCCUCCAUGAGGCGCUGACACAGAGUCUGUACUGUUUGAGCAGAGGUGCUCUGCAGGAACCCUUACUGGUGCUUUACGAAGCACGGCCUCUUCAGUUCUAAUGACAUCACCUUGACCACAGAAAAUUCAAGGAAAAACUAUACAGUUUAUUUCCUCUUGUAUCUGAUGGCAAAAAUUCCUAAACAUUAUAUUUUAUUUUGAAUGAGUCAAUAUGCAUUCAGCUGACAACAUUCAGAUAGAGCAGAAUUUUGAAGUGAAGCUCCUUCAAGGUUGUAAGCAGUUAAUUUUUUUAGUAUGAAUCCAGACUAGCUAGUCGUGAAGCUAAAGGCUAAUCUGAGAGGGAUGAAGACCAAGGCAUUCUUCAGUCUGAAUACAUUAGCUCUUUUAGCCAUCUUUAAACCAUUGUCAGUGUUUGUGUUCUCCCUACAUGUA